AUGGAUCUGUCCAACAAAGCUGCCUACCUUGUCAGUCCCAAUGGGCCCACCAUCGAAGUCAGAUCUGCACCUGUUCCAACACCUGGUUCAGGAGAGUUGCUUAUCAAGACACAUGCUGUCGCCAUCAAUCCAGUCGACGGAGUGAAGCAGUCCAUGGGUAACAUGAUGUUUGAAUGGCUCAAGUAUCCUCUCAUCCUUGGCUACGAUGUCGCUGGCGAGGUCAUCAAGACGGGACCUGGUGUUAGUCGAUUUAAAGAAGGCGAUAGAGUUGUGGGUGCUACAGCAGGCAUGGACAAGCGAGGAAGAAGUCCCGACGAAGGCGCAUUUCAAGAAGUUUGCAUCAUGCGAGAGCAUUUGGCUGCUCGAAUUCCAGAGCGUGUUACGUCCACCGAUGCCAGCGUUUUGCCUCUGACUUUCGUCACGGCUGCAUGUGCCUUGUUCCAAAAGGAUCAACUGGCACUACAACUACCUCAAACCAAGUCAAAGCGCAGUGCAACAAGUCAGACAGUCUUGGUUUGGGGAGCGAGUACAAGUGUUGGGAGAAAUGCUGUACAGCUUGCUGUCGCGGCCGGCUAUGAUGUUGUCGCGACAGCAUCACCUAAGAACUGGGAUAUCGUACGCGGUCUCGGCGCUUGUGCAGUUUUUGACUAUCACAGCUCAUCGGCCAUAAACGAUGUGGUAUCUGCUUUCAAGGACAAGAAAUGCGCAGGUGCUGUAGCUAUUGGUCAAGGGUCACUGGCGAAAUGCGUCGACAUUGUCAAAAGCGUUCCGGGAGCCACCAAGAAUGUUGCGCAAGUUACCCUCUCAAUGCCUGAGUCACAGCCAACAACCAAGAUAUCCAUGAUUCCGUUUGUCGCAAAGUAUUUCUGGAUGGCGGGAACUGAUCGACUCAAGGUUGCGAGCAGUGGAGUCCAAAGCAAGUUUGUUUUUGGUACAGACAUAAUUGAAUGGGAUGCUGAGGGAAAGAUGGCCUCAUUUUUGAGUGAAGCAUUAGAGCUUGGAGAGUAUGAGUUGAGUUCCGAAGCUCAAGUACUCGAGGGAGGUUUAGAUAAGAUUGCCCAAGGGCUGGAUAUGGUUCGUGGAGGAACCGGCGGUAAGAAAAUAGUCGUGAAGAUUUAA